AUGUUCAAUUUCGGGUUAUUAAAUUCAUUAUCAACUAUAAAAAACCGUCAACGGUUUGUGCAGCCCGUAGAGAAAAGUAUUUCACCCAUAAUUGAUAUUGCGAUGAAGGUGAACCAAGUCAAACAGGAAAACUUACAGCCGUUGGAGGCGCUGAAAACUCGUAUAAAUAGUGCGUUAAAGAUGAUAAAACGUUUGGAAAUAAAGAGACAUAGAGCAGCAGUGGCUUUGCAGUUGGAGAUGAUAGAGUUAAUGGAGAAUAAACGUUUGUUGAUCGAACUGAGAAACGAUCCACCGGUUUCAAUCGGCACACAGACAUGUUUUGAGAAGAAACCAUGCCGCGUUAGGUUCGUAAUGCCAACAAUGAUUUGGGAAGAAGAGACAAUAAAAGAGAUAUGGCAAUAUUCAAAAAUGAUAAUACCAUUUUUGAGAAAAAUGUGGGCAUUUGUAAAGUUUAUUAUGAACUAUUUAAAAAAUCCAAUUAUAUUGCACAAUAUAGCCGAAAAAAUAUAUGUUGGAUUUGGAAAACUUAUUCAAAUAACAACGACAAUUGAUAUUUCAAAUAACACAACUACGAUAAACUUUAGAGGAUUUCCACGGAAUUCCACAUAA